CGCACCUCACCGGCCCCGCCCCCUGUAGCGCCGCGCACGCGCAGUUUCCUCCAGACCCGGAAGAGGAGCGAGGGGCACGAUCGGGGUUGACUUCUCAAGAGCAAUCUUGCCCGAGGAAGAAGCCUGGAAGAGGAGGAAGAGGAAAGAAGAGGAGUCAAGAAUGGCUCUUUCCCAGGAACUGCUGACGUUCAAGGACGUGACCAUCGAGUUCUCUCAGGAGGAGUGGGAGUGCCUGGACCCCGCUCAGAGGGCCUUGUACAGGGACGUGAUGCUGGAGAACUGCAGGAACCUGCUCUCCCUGGGUGAGGAGAGCUUCCCUCUAGAAGUCAGGAUCUGCCCUGAUAUCUCUGCUAGAUCUAUGAUCAAGGAAUUGUUACUAAAGGAAGACAUUAAUAUUGGAGAAUUAUACCAACCAGUGGUCUUGGGAAGACAUAAAAGCCAUGACAUUGAGGAUCUUGACUUUGGGGAAGUCUGGAGAAAUAUGUAUGACUUUGAGAGUACGUGUGGAUAUGAAGAAAGAAAUUCCGAAGAAGUGCUUAUGACAGAUAAUGUAAAUCUCAGUAGUAAAAAAGAGAAACAAGGCAACAAAUCUUGCAUUAAUUUAUCUUUAAAGCAGAAUGUUUCUUUAAGAAAAAGUGCAUAUCAACAUUUCAAACAUGCGAAGUCAUUUAUAAAGAAUUUGUUAAAGAUAAAAAACAUAGUCUCCUCAGGAAACAAGUAUAUGAAAUGUUUUGAAAAUAGACUUGGAUUAAGCUUUCAGUCACAUCUGGCUGAAUUGCAGAGAUUUCAAACUAAAGAGAAAAUUUAUGAAUGUAAUCAAGUUGAGAAGUCUAUCAAAAUGUAUUCCUUAAUUUCACCACUUCAAAGAUUUCCUCCUCCUACUAUCAAAACCAACAUGUGUAAUAAAUAUAGAAAAGUUUUCAUGUAUCCUUCAUUGCUUACACACCAUCAGAAAAUAAACAGAGAAAAGCCACACAGAUGUAAUGAAUGUGGAAAGACUUUUAGCCAUUAUUCAGUCCUUACUAGUCAUCAGAGAAUUCAUUCUGAGCAGAGACCUUACAGAUGUAAUGAGUGUGGUAAAGCCUUUAAGCAGUUCUCAAACCUCACAAGACAUCAGAGAAUCCAUACUGGAGAGAAACCAUAUAAAUGUAAUAUAUGUGACAAGGUCUUUAAUCAAAAUUCCCAUCUUACCAAUCACUGGAGAAUUCACACUGGAGAGAAACCACACAAAUGUAAUGAAUGUGGUAAGGCUUUUAUCAAAUGUUCAGACCUCUGGCGUCAUGAAAGAAUUCAUACUGGAGAGAAACCUUAUAAAUGUAAUGAGUGUGGUAAGGGAUUUUCCAAACAUUCGUAUCUUUGGGAUCAUAAGAGAAUUCAUACUGGAGAGAAACCAUACAAAUGUGUUGAAUGUGGCAAGGUUUUUAGGCAGUGGUCUACGCUCAGGAUUCACCGAAGAAUUCAUACUGGUGAGAAACCUUAUAAGUGUAAUGAAUGUGGCAAAGCUUUUAAGCAGUGCUCACACCUCACUAAGCAUCAAAAUAUACAUCCUGGAGAGAAGCCACACAAAUGUAGUUUAUGUGGCAAGACUUUCAUCCACAUUUCAAGCCUUGUGAAACAUCAGAAAAUUCAUACAGGAGAAAAACCAUACAAAUGUAAUGAAUGUGGUAAGGCUUUUAUCCAAAGACCAAGUCUUGUAGAACAUCAGAGGAUUCAUACUGGUGAGAAACCUCACAAAUGUAAUGAAUGUGGCAAAGCCUUUACUGUGCGUUCAAGUCUAACUAAACAUAAGAGACAUCAUACUGGAGAGAAACCCUACAAAUGUAAUGAAUGUGGUAAAGCCUAUACACAAUUUGUACACCUUACUAGACAUCAGAAAAUGCAUACUGAAAAGAAACAUUAUGAAUCAGCUGUACGUGAUAAUGCUUUUAUUCAAAGCUCAAGCUUGGGGGAUUAUCAGGGAAUUCAUGGUAGAGAGAAAUCUUACACCUGUAAUGAGUGUGGCAAAUCCUUUAACUGGUGUUCACGCCUUACUCGACAUCAGAGAAUCCAUACUGGAGAGAAACCAUAUAAAUGUAAUGUGUGUGGCAAGGCCUUUAGUCAAAAUUCAAACCUUACAAUUCAUCAGAGAAUUCAUACUGGAGAGAAACCUUACAAAUGUAAUGAAUGUGGCAAGGCCUUUAAACAGUAUUCAAGCCUCACUAGACAUCAGAAUAUACAUCCUGGAGAGAAACCACACAAAUGUAAUGUGUGUGGUAAGGCUUUUAUCAAACGGUCACACCUUUGGGGUCAUGAGAGAAUGCAUGCUGGAGAGAAGCCAUUCAAGUGUAUUGAAUGUGGCGAGGCCUUUAGACAAUGGUCUGACUUCAGGAUUCACAAAAGAAUUCAUACUGGAGAGAAAUCUUAGAAAUGUAAUGAAUGGUGUAAAUCGUUUAACCAUUUUUUACAAUAGACUAUACUGCAGAGAAUUUAUGCUAGGGAGGACUAAGUCUGUAGUCCUAGAAGAUUAAUCAUCCUCAGCUAUUAAGUUCUUCACUGUAAUUAAAAGUCAAAGUCAUUUGAAACUCAUGAAAUGACGAGUAUUGUGGAGCAAGGAGAUCUUUGAAAGUGUACCAUUUCUUCAUGUUUAAGAUACUUUUAUUAUUUGAGGUUUCUUGAAGAGGCUAUGUUACUGUUGAUGUCUUCCAACCUGAAGUUUGAAGUUUGUUGACCUUAUGCCGUCAUCACAUAUUUUUCCUGUGUUGCCAUGAUGGUCUGUUGGAGGAGAUCAAUGAGAUAGAUAAACAGGCGUACUUUAUUAGGUGAGGAUCAAUCAUAUCCACGUUUCCUGAGAGAAUGAGGACUCUGAAUUUUAACUUACAAUAAUGUGUGGUUUUGAAUGAGAGCAUAAGCUUUGGCUGAGAAUAUAUGCAAAAUGUUGUAAAUCGCAUGUUCAGGAUCCUCUUCUACAAAUUUGUUGGUACAACAGAGGGCCCCUGGAUUAUCAGAAGUCAUUGCUCUACUAGAUAAGCACGAAACAGCAGGCCUUAAGAUUGAGAGACUGAGAUUUUGAUGAGAAUAGUAUGAUAGGUUAGUAGGGACUGCUUCUGUGGUAGAAAUAAUGGCAAAGAAAUGAUGGUCAUCCUUUCUUUUUAAAGAAAAUAGCUGUUGUAUGUAUCAAAAAAUGAGUGAAAAAUUAAUCUUAUUCUUGGAAGCCAAAGAGAGCAAUUAUCAGAGAGGAGAAUGUAAUCAAAAAACCAGAAUAUGGUGUACAUGUGUAGGAUUCGCCUUUAAGCACUAUAUCACUGAUACCAUUUUACAUACAGUAUAUCAUAGUUGUCAUGUUUAAUAAAAUUUAAUCAUUUUCCCAAAA